AGUUUAUUUGGUCAUUUUACAUUUCAUGUGUGCAGUGCAGUUUUUUUUAAUAUUUUAAAUAAUGUAGCAUAUAAAAAACUAGAUUGAUUUUAACGUUAGCUUUGGUAUUAAUGUGUGUAUGUAUUAAUAAAGUAAACAUUUCCUCUACUUUCAAUUGUUCUUAAAAAACUUUUAAAUAAAUAAAAUUCAUCAACUACCAUUUCUUUUGGUCUGUUAAAUGCAUACACUGAUCCUCAAACUGAAGCAAUGACUGUAAAACAAGUGUUAGGCCAAAAGACCCAUAAAUAAGGAUGACUUGAAUGCUGAAAUCACAAUUUUUCAACGUAGUUUCCAGGGAACAAUCCCUUCUUUCCUUUUAAUGUUCCAUGCCACCAACCACCAUCAUCUGUAAAAAGUAAAAAUCGAAAAAUUAAAAAUAUUUUUUCAAUUAAAAUUAAUUUUGCAACUAUAACCUUCUUUGAAAACUUCAAUUAUGUCUCCUUCCUUGAGCUCAAGUUCAUCCAGGUCCUGUGCUUGGUAGUCAUAAAGUGCCCUGCACUUUGGAAGUGAUGGCUUUGGCUUCAUUGCUGGCCUCGGUUUUCCACCGCCUGGAAUUGGUUUGCUUGAACGCUUCUCACUGUAAUAAUUAAUUUUUAGCAAACACAUAAACCUUUUCAAAAACAAAAUAAUUACCCUGAAACUCCGGAACUAGGUGGAUUCAUAAAAGAUGGGUUUGAUGGCGCUUUUUCGGCAGACACCUUCCUAAUGGCCUGACCAUUUUUAGGCAAAGUCAAACUUGGCAUCGGGGGAGUCUUUAUUGUUACUGGGGGUUUGUUCAUUUCUCUAGGAGUCUCCAUUCGAGGUCGUGAGGAGGGAUCUUUGCCUUUAACCGUGCCAGCUAUACAAAUGUAAAUGAUCUUUUUUCCAAAAAUUUUUAUUGAAAAAAAAAUCAAACCUAUUUUAGCAAGAGACUGUCUGACAACUGGCUGAUUUGGUGGCGCUGGUUCACUAGGCGGGGGAGGAGCAUUUCUCAAAGAACCAUACUGCCGGGGUGCGCUGCUCUCUCCGGAAGGUGGAGGCAGAGGCCUGCUUUGUAUUUCUUGUAUUCUGCUCUGAGUGCCCAAUUUUGGCCUUGCUGUUUGCGAUUGGUUGUUAUUGUUUCUGUUUUUAGUUGUUCUAAUUGUGCUGGUCGCUUGUGGUCCUGUUAGUUUGGUUUUAAGUUUAUGUUUACAAAUUUAUUUCGAAAUAAUUACUUGUAUUUGCUGGUAGUCCAGGGCCUAUGCUGACUGUCAAAACUUUUCCCGAUGGUUUCAAAGUUGCCUUGUUGCCAACUCCUUGCUCAAAUUUGACAUUUCUGAUGCUUCCUCCUCCCCAACCAUCUUUUUUAACUUUGAAGUCCAUGCUGUUGAAAUAAAUUAGCUUUUAACGUAUUACAUACGGUACUUUUAAAUUACAAAUUGCUGAAUCUUAAGGGAAGUUCGUGUCCAGUCUUCUCCUUCACUUUCUUGGUGAUCACAGUGAGAAACUCGGUUUUGAAAAUGAGCUCCAGGAAAGAAUCGUAAUCUUGCUUCAUGUGGAUAAUCACAAAGUCAUCCUAUAAAAUAAAUUUUUACAAUUUAUUUAAAAAAUGAUAAGAGUUGUGUGUUUACCUGGAGUUGGCUCAAAGCAAUGUCACUGAUAUUUUCCAACUCCAACUUUCUCUUGAUGACUUCUUUAAACGUUCCCUUUUCAGGCCCCUUUUUUAUUUUUUCUCUACCAAUCAAAAAGAGCGCAUUUGCUGUCAAAAUGAGAUCUCGUCUGGCAGACUGAAAGGAAAAUUUAUUUAAAAUUGGCAACGAGCUAAAGUAAUUGCAACAACCUUAAACGUGCGGUCAUACUUGAGCACAUGCUCGGCAUACACAACUUUUUCUCGCUUUCCAAUGAGCGACAGAAGGGCAGGCUGGUUCUCAACUCCAAUGUAAUCACCCACAAAACCUCGAUUGAUUGAGAAGUGGCGCCGCUGCUUCUUUUCAAACACCACACCUGCAAUGAAGGUCGUGUGGAGCAAAUUGCCUAUCUGUGCCAACGACGUUCUGCACGGACUUCUUGCCGCGCACCGGCUCUAAACGCACGGCGAGCAGAAUUUUAUUUCCCGUUCCGCGGUAAUGAGCCAUCACGCAAUGCAAUAAUACAUUUUAAGCCUGUGCAUUUUGGAAUAUUUGGCUCUUCACACUUGACCCUCCAAGGCGAGGAAUCAUUUACGGCCAAUCUGGAGCAGACAGAACACAAAGAAAAUUGCUCUGUCACCGCGCGCGCCGCUCCGGCUCGAGGCCAGAGGAUCGAAAUCUCUGCUGAUUGUAUCGGCGAAAAAAGAGAGCGCUUUUUAUUUUAUUAUUUUUGGGUCGGCCUUCACGGAUGCAGUAGGUGUCGCCGGGACUCUUUUCGCGCUGUAAUUAAAUUAUGCAAGCAAAAAGCGAUUAGCGACAGUGAAGUGGAAGAUAGGAAGUUUUGGAAUCGGAAAUUUCGCUCCAGCCUUCUCGGCCCCGCGUGUAAACGCGACUUUUUCUCGGCUGCACCUUGAAACCUAAUCAAGCUGAAAUGGAAAAUUUUUGGCCCCAGACCACGUACGCGUUUUGCUAUAAAACAUUUCACACAAUUAUGACACUGUUUAGUCUUUUGGUGGAGUCCAAGCGGUGCAUAUUGUCUGGCUCAUGGCGUUGGAAAUGAAGUUUGUGAAGUGGUUACUGAUGACCGUGAUCAUGGCCGGGACAACAUCUGCACAGAUGAAAAACAAUAUUUUCUUUCCUGGUGGAUCAUCAAGCACUCUAGUUUCCAAUCCUCAGAAUGCGCAAAACUCUGCGCCAUCCAUUCAGAAUAUUUCCAAACGCAUUGCUGCACACUUGACCUCAACGACGGCUCGACCUAAUGAAGAACGUCGCUAUUUUGAAAGUUCCAGAUCAAAUGAAUUUACAACUAUUUCGCCUAUAAGCGAGUCUCGGACCUUCGGCUUUCCCCAAACGCAGCAAUUUACCACCCCAUCUCCGUUGAGCAGCAACAAUAAUUUAUUUUUCAACUCGCAACCUCAAUUUUUCUCUUCCUUGAACCGACCUGGAAUUUUUGGCAACUCGCCCUUUGGUCUCAAUGACUUCAACUUCCAAUCCCAGUCAUCUUUUCCGAGUUUCAACUCCGGUCCAGACUUAAGUAUUUUCAACUCGGGGGCCAAUGGAGGUCAGCCCAAAAACUACCACUACCGUAGGGAUUUCAAUGACAAGGAUGGAUACUCGCCCUGGAGGGACGUUUCUGGCUCCAAACAACCUACGAAUGAUCAGGGUGGUUUCCAGCAACCCUCUUCAGAGGAACAUUUGACAAACUUCCCUGGUCCCAACUUCCAUCAGAAAUUCGAUCUAGGGCCGGACGGGUUUUUCAACUUUGAAAAGCAAAAUAAUGUUGAUAAUAACAACGGAUACAGUGGGAAAACACAGGCGAUCAUGAAAAUUGAGCCAGGCAGUGGCAGAGGAGCGGCGGAAAAGCAGAUCAACAAUAAACUUUUUGGAAACACGCAGACGAACAGACUUGGGAACUCUAACGACAAUGGUAUUGCUAAUUGGGCGCAGAGUUUCAGAAAUGUUAAAUGGCCUGGCCAAAAUUAAAUAACAAAUAAGUGACCAUGUGCAAAGCUUAACUUUUAAAUAUUUGAAAUUAAAAACAUUUUUUUGAAAAUUUUCGUUCCUUUUUUAAGGAAUACUUCCUGAAAUAAACUUUUAUUAUAAUGAGGUACUUUGUAAACAAAUAAAGUGAGAUUUUCGUCGAGGUCGUGACAUUCAUUGUUCAUUCAAGCAACAAAAAAUAAGUCACACGCCGCUACCGUUUUACUCGCGUUUGGGUUAGGAGAAAGAAUUGUAUAUAAUUAUUACUCAUGAACACGGUUGUUAAAAUUUAAGGUGAAAAUAAAACAGAGCAAAAUUCUAAAAAAUUUCACAAGAAUUUCAU